AUGGAUGAAGCCACCCAGAAGUCUACCCAGCCAUACGCUGACCCGCGGCGGAUGGGGCUUAACAACUCUGGAUUGGAUGAACAAGAUAUUCCCGAUAUUAUUUGUGUUUUGCAUCCAAACUCCCUUUCUGCUUACGACGCCGUAAGUGCAACUGCGCGUUAUGGACUACAGCAUAUCUUACAAAGGGACAAUCUGGAAUACGACAGUGGGGUCCCAAACUGCUCAAAUCGCGAUAUUGCCUUGAGGUUUUCGUCUUCCGUAAAAGAUAUGAGCAUGGGAUUUUGUUUUGGUCGCAACCCGAAUCGCUGCGAUGUAAUGCUCGCUCGGGACGAUAGCGAAAAUAAAAUCUCCAAAGUCCACUUUCGGAUCUUUCUAACACGAGACAACAUCCUAAUGCUGCAAGACACUUCAACCAAUGGAACCCUUGUAGAUGACAAUUUUGUUCAGAGGGAUAAUAAGUUUGGUGCUCCUUCUACUCAAAUGCUCGUUUCUGGUUCUAUCAUUCAUGUGACGAAUGAUUCGAUAGCUGGCAUUAAGUUCAUUGUGCGCAUUCCCCCUCGGGAUGGCUUUGAACGUCAGUACACGCAAAACGUAAUUCGUUACAUGAAUCGUGUACAUAAUAAUGCUUGCAAAAAACCCGGAGUUGGUAGAGGAACACCCGGAAAGAUGGCGCAGCAUGACGGUUUUCUCAUUGUUCCUCAGCAAGGCGGACAAACUCACGGAAUGCACUGGAAUGGCGGUUCCAAGUAUAAUGUUACUGGCCGGAUUGGCAAAGGGGCAUUUGCUACUGUUUACAAACUCGCAACGAAAAGAGACGGAGUGCUCUACGCUUGUAAAGAGCUCGACAAACGACAAUUGAUAAAGAAUAAUAUUUCUGACCACAAAGUUAACAAUGAAAUGAUGAUCAUGAGUGGAUUGCGGCAUCCAAAUAUCGUUGAGUUCAGAGACUAUCAUGAUCACGAUAACCGCUGGAUUUACAUUAUAAUGGAAUUUGUCCCCGGAGGUGAAUUAUCUGCUUAUCUUAAUCAAUGCCAUCAUCUUGCCGAGGACCAAGUAAAGUCGAUUUCUCGCCAAAUAUUGCACGCUCUUCAGUACCUCCAUAGAAGGAGGAUAACGCAUCGCGAUAUCAAACCCGACAACAUUUUGAUCCAAUCGUUUGAUCCGCUGUUUGUUAAGCUUUCGGACUUUGGACUCUCGAAGGUUGCUCAGGAAGAAUCCUUUAUGAAAACCUUUUGCGGGACCCUAUUGUAUUGUGCUCCUGAGGUUUAUCCUGAAUAUGACAAGUACAGGCGAGGAGAAGCAAGGAAGAGAAGACGUGUUGCUGAUCUUGUCCCGAGGACAUCCCCGUACGAUCAAUCAGUCGAUAUGUGGUCCUUUGGCGCAGUGACGUUUCAUAUUCUUUGUGGAACUGCGCCAUUUUUUGGUCGGGGAGACGAUCGAGGCGCAUCUAUGCUCCGCAAUAUCAUGACUACUAAUGCGGAUUACGAUCUUCUUCGACAUGCGGGAGUAUCGGAAGAUGGCGUCGAUUUUGUUUCGAAGCUUCUCAAUCGUGAUCCGAGGGCUAGGCCCAAGGAAGCGGAGUGUUUUAAACAUCCCUGGAUCAAUGACGUACCAGACGAAAUUGCCUAUUCACAAAUUGACGAACCUGAAGUUCGGGAAUUUGACCCAACUUUGGCAGCCGUGAGGGAAGUCAACGAAGAUGAUGAAGCAGAAAGACUCGAUGCUUCUGGCAUUGAUCUCAAUGAUCGUCUCGACGAAGACUUCGAUAACGAAAUCGAUAACUUGGAGGAUCAAGAGGAGACACCCACGAACCAUAAUGAUGUUAAAAGACAGCGGCUUUCCCAUUAUACUGAGGAGGAAAGGCAACAAGUUGCCAUGACUCAAACUCCUGCCGACGUAAUAUACCCUUCAUUACCAAAUCUUGAUAGUUAUGAGUUAGCCCCCAGUAUCCUUGCCCAAGCAGCUCAGUCAUCGGGGCCCCGCCUUUUUGGGGAGAUCACAGGGUGUGACCUGCGGUCCUCUGGCGCCCUUGGUGCCAACAAUAAUCUACCCGAAAAUAUCUCCAGAUUUGAAUUCCGUUCUGAUUGUGCGGAUCCGUACGAUUAUACUUCAUCGGAUGUUGAAUCAUCAGAAAGUAUCAAUACCAUGGCUCCUCCAGCGCGGACCUACCAUCAACGUUCUGGGGUUACACUACAGCGCGGAACCUCUGCACCAAGCUUAAUGGGCGCAGAAUCACUGGUGGGCCAGUUACAUAUGGAAUCUCCUGAUGGACGAUCACCUGACUCCACGAAUCCUACUAGCAACAAUCAAACUACCCCAGAAGCUUCUACUGACAGCGCACUGUCUUCUCAAGCGGGUGAUUCAAAAAGAGGGUCACGAGAUGAUAAGAGAGAGGAGGUAAGGCAAAAUCAAAAUGGCGUCGACUCUAACCAAGCACGAUCAGUUUACGCUGGCGACAAAUGCCUCCCCACCCCAGAAGCCGCGCCCAGAUCUGCAUCCAACCCAUGCCAUUUAGGAACCGAGCACACCUCUAUAUCAUUCGACCCAAAACUACACCUCGAACUCGCCGCCACCAUCGAUGAGCGGACAGGCAAAGAAGUCUCACAAUUCGAUGGCUCCGGCGCUGACUCUGGCGCUAGGGAGUCAAAUCCUGCAGAGAAUCGAUGCUCCCACGACCCUAGAUCAACGCCUAAAGUCGCAAGCCCCAAACAUGCUAUAAAACCAACUCCCCCAUUCGGGGCACUCAUCUCAAUUCCCGGGUCGAUCACUGAUACAACUCUUUACCUUGAAUCGCGCAUGACCUCCUGGGGGCGAGGACCUAGGGUAACCGUUCGUUAUUCGGAUCCUAUGGAUAGCCGUAUCCCCGCCUAUGCCCUUGAACUCACAUUUUGGGCGCCAUCAAUCGAAUCGCGAAUAGCUCAGGGUGAAGACUGGACCCAGGUCCCUGGUGUUAUGACCAUCUUAUCCACUAAAGCAAGUAAUUGCAUCUGGGUCAACAAUGUGGAACUGCGCAAGGAGACACAGUCCCGGGAUGCGCGUCUUUUUGGCAAAUUGUACACGGGCGAUAUAAUCACUGUGUUCAGAGAUCGCAAGCGCUAUCUGCGCUUUCGAUGCGAGUUUUACCAUGGGGAAAGCACCGGGAUGCGACCUCUAGAGGAGAAAGGGUUCAUUAUUCAAAAGGCGAAAUAUGGGCGGAGUAGAAGUGAGGGUGAAGUGAGUUUGAAGACUAUCCAGGACACUACAACGGAGACGGCGCCGGCGGCGGCAUCCACUAUUGCUGCCUAA